ACUAAGAGAGGAGAGCGAGAGACGAGGAAAGGAACAGACAACCUUCACAACUGCAACACCUCAUCAGCUGUUUGUACUGUUUGUCAACUCUUCUUUUACCAUGGCUACAACAUCCCAGGAUUUAGAGUGAGGAGGAAACAAAAACAGUGUGAGAGAGAAAGAGAGAGGAGAGAGAAAAAUAAAAAGCAAGAACCCUUCGCUUCUAAGUGAGAAAGGAAGAGUGAGAGAGAAAGGCGAGAGAGGAAAGGUGGGGAGAGGAGGAGUAGGCACCCUUUCCUUGAAGAAGUAAGAGUAUAAGGGGAAAAGGAGAGAGGAGGAAGGAGGGAGCGCACUCUACUGUGUGGACAUGGGGUUGUAUGCUGUUCUGUUGAUCUGUCUAUCCCAGGCACAGUUUGGGAGAAUUUGGGCGCAGGAGCGAACAGAUGAUACGUCACUGCGGAUAGAUGGGGGCUCGUCUGGGAUGGGCAGGAUCUACCGAGACCAGCAGCCCUCCAUCAAACAUGGUCAGAACCGAGCGGUACGCAACGCACUGGGGGGAGGACUGGACAUCGAUACCCUGCCCGACAACAUGACCCAUGUGGUGGUGAGAAAUGAGGACUCUCAGAGGUACUACAGGUGGAGGAGUUACGGCCCGGGGGACAGACGGAUGGAGGAACUCUGGGUAGACCUAAGCGCUGUGCAACAGAGCAAAGUCAGAGUGCACGGCAUCCUGUCCAACACACACCGGCAGGCAGCGCGUGUGGCUCUCUCCUUUGACUUCCCCUUCUAUGGACACUACCUGAGACAAAUCACCAUAGCAACAGGAGGGUUCAUCUUCACGGGGGAGAUCACUCAUCGCAUGCUGACGGCCACACAGUACAUCGCCCCCCUCAUGGCCAACUUUGACCCCAGUUUUUCAAAAAACUCAACAGUGCGGUACAUGGACAAUGGUGAGGUGUUUGUGGUGCAAUGGGACAAGGUGCGGCUUCAGGGGCGCGAGGCAGAGGGAACCUUCACCUUCCAGGCUGUUCUCCAUAACAAUGGAACAAUCGUGUUCAACUACAGAGAUGUUCCUUUGCCAGUGGAGAAGAUCAACUCCACUGAACACCCAGUGAAGGUGGGCCUGUCUGACGCAUUCAUGGCCCUCCUCCCCUCUCCACAGUCCUCAGAUGCAAGACGGCGGACCAUCUAUGAGUACCAUAGAGUAGAGAUUGACACCACUAAGAUCAUCAAUCACUCUGCCUUUGAGUUCACUCCACUGCCCACAUGUCUCCAACACACCACCUGUGAACUCUGUCUCAUAUCCAACCAGACAAACGGCUGUGGUUGGUGCAACACACUGCAAAGAUGCUCUGAUGGAAUUGAUCGUCACAGACAGGAGUGGCUCGACUACAACUGUCCAGAAGAGGCAAAAGAAGGCACCUGUGAGGACUACACCCAGGGAGGUCCUGAGGGCUCCAUGGGGCCCUUCAACCAAUCGACCCCAGAGCCCACGCCCUCCUCUGCAGUGCUCUCAGAUAUCCCCGUCACAGAGGACUUGCAAACAGGUCCUCCACACCAGGAACGGACAGAGCACACUGCGAUUAUUGCAGGUGUGGUGGCAGCCCUCAUUCUGCUGGUAGCCCUAACCCUAUUGGCUGUCUACUAUAUCAACACACACCCCACUGUUGCUCCUCCAUUCUACCUCAUGCAGCGACACACCAAUAACUACUGGCCAUCUAUGAAGUUCCGCAACCAGAGCUGCCACUCCACCUAUGCUGAGGUGGAGCUGGGGGGUCACGAUAAGGAGGGUUUCAUUGAGGCCGAACAGUGCUGCUAAGUAGGCUGGACUUCCGUGGCAAAGUCGGACAAGGGAGUGGGUGCCAUUUUGGGGAUUAAAAAAGGAACUGCUUGUAGAGAACAGUACUUUGUCCGUUUUUUCUGUGUCUCUCGCUCAUCGCCUGUCCAACAUGCAGCAGCUUUCUAUGGCCCUGUUCGAAUACUCUGAUAAUACAUCCUUCCUCCUUCCUUGAGGUAAGCACAGAUCUAACAUUAUUUGAUAGGUGAGCAAGAAGUCCACUACAUUGAUUUCACCAAUCAUGUCAUAUCAGAUCAGCGAUAACUUCAAGGAAGAGAGGAAGGAGGACCUACAGUGCCUUCGGAAA